UUUGUCGAGUCCCUUCGUGCAGCAGCUUUGUGAGACAUUCUCCGGAUUUUCCCCACCUCACAGAUCUCGCCAAAACGGACACGCGUUGGACUCUUCCGCAGCAACCUUGCUCGUAAUCCUGCAACCGCCCUAUUUCCAUCCCCUUUGCGACCUUGGACCAGCAACAGCCACGAGACGGGAAAGAGAGACCUCUCAACAUGAGCUGGCUCAAGCCAUUCAAGUUACUCAUUGUCCCCUUCGUCUUCAUUGUGGCCGUGCCACUGGCAAUAUGUGCUGGCCUCACAACCAUCCUGGCAUUCUUGGUGCUCUUUUUCCGGCUCUUCGUCGUCUAUUUUGACUUGGCCAUCGACACCCUGCGCUACGUCCUGCUCGGCCGGAGCUUCGACAAUACCGCAUCGCCAGCUUCACGUAGCCCGCAUGCGACCACACCAACGCCAUCAUCUCCCACCCAGUUGUCCCCGCGCCGUCGACGCAACCGGAGGGACAGUUCGACCGCUAGCAUCCGCACGACUGGCAGUUUCGACGGGCUCCCGCUCUCUCUCGGUUCGGCCCUUGAAAGGGAUUUCGAGGGAGUCGGUGGAUGGCGGCUGAAGAGCGCGGACGCAGACCCAGGCGGAACGGACGAUCAGCAGUGGUACAGCCUGAACUCGAGGCUGGAAAUGCCCGAUCGGAAACACCAUUUCCGAACGCGGAGCGGUGGAGAUAUCAAUCCUGGAUCUCGUAGCGCCAUUGGCCUCUACGGCAUGAAGGCAGUGCCUCGCACUGGCCAACAGAGUCCCGAGGCCGCCAGGAUGACCGCCUCACCAACCUUUCUCCGUGCAAGGACGCCGACUGGGGUGAAGCAGCGCGGACUCACGCGUCUUGACCAGGACGGCUACUUUCCGCCUUACGAGAACAGACCAACGAGGAGGAUCGCCGUUUAGCGGACGGAGCUGAAGUUUCGAAAGAAGGCGUUGGUCUCGAAUUUUCU